AUUCUAACCCACCUCAUCGACACCAGCCAAAUCGACCGGUAACUCGACAACACCGUCAAAAUGCCGAGCCACAAGACCUUCCGUGUCAAGCAGAAGCUUGCUAAGGCCCAGAAGCAGAACAGGCCUAUCCCCCAGUGGAUUCGCCUCCGCACUGGCAACACCAUCCGCUACAACGCCAAGCGUCGCCACUGGCGCAAGACCCGUCUCGGCCUCUAAAUGCUCUCACGAUUCUUCCAUAUUCCACCCCCAACGAUGGUCUUCUUUUCCUGGCUGCCCUGAACCACCUCCAUUCUUCGAAAACUGGAGCUUGGGAAUGCGACCUAUGAUGGCAGCCUUCUUCUCUCGGCCUUUGUCCUACGAAACCAAACCGAUAACGAAAUCUUCCCGACCUCCCGCCACGGAGCUGUUUUGUUAGGGCGAAGUCACCGAUCAUCAGCAAGCAAAAAGGAGAAGCGGGCAAGGGCAACCAGGAGGCAAAUACCGGAAGAUGAUGUGAUCACAACCAAGUUCUGGCUCGGCGGCGGUCGGUUUUUAGCUGUGUUCUUUCGGCGGGGGGAAAUAUCCUGGAACUCGAUCCUUAUUUUGGGGAAACGUAAACUUUCGGAGUACUAUGCUUUCAUGGCAAACAUUUAGAAGGACGGUUACUGGGGGAAUUAGGAUUUGAAAUGAGAGAAAACGUGGUGCACGAGAGUUGAUUCCCAUACCUGUUCUACCCAUGUUCUCGGCAUUGUGCUACAA